AUGAAAAUUACCGAUGAGACUUCGGUUAACGUUGUCAAACUUUGUAAUCUGCUACUUAGAGCAAGUCUGCCACAUAAACCAGUAACCAAGAAAAAACUCAAAAAACGAAAAGUACAACAGAUUUGGAAAGAGGAAACUAUCGAUGAGACUUCGGACAACGUUGGCCAGCUCUGUAAUCUGUUACCUACAGAAAAUCUGCCACAUGAACCAGUAACCAAGAAAAAACACAAAAAGCGAAAAGUGCAACAGAUUGGGGAAGAGGAAAUUAUCGAUGAGACUUCGGUCAACGGUGACCAGUUCUCUAAUCUUCAACCUACAGCAAGUCUGUCACACGAAGAAGAAAUCAAGAAAAAAAAGAAAAUAGAAAAGUUUCGAGAAGAGAAAACUAUUGAUGAAACCUCGGACAACGUUGAUAAGCGCCGGAAUUCGUCACCUACAGUUGAUAGUGACAAUGCCAAUCAUGAAACGAAUGUUCUUAACGGUGAUGUGAUCACUGAAGAAGUACCCAAGAAAAAAAAGAUAAAGCAAACAAUGGAAAAGAACAGGGAAGCGGAAGAUAUCGAUGAAACUUCGUUCAACAUUGACCAAUUUCGGAAUCCGUUUGAAGGAGAGGAACAUUGGUGUUUGCGGCGUGCAUUUUUGGAGAAAAAUCAACAAGUUCUAUCGCCAGAUGAGCUCAUUUGCCUUGCCCAGGUUUAUAUGAACGUGGAAUUGUUGGGCUGUAACUAUGCUGCAGAAACCAUGGAAAUGGUUGCCAAGCUAUCUGAAGGGCUUGGCCAAGAUUAUCAACGUGCCCAUGCAUUUAUGCUCAAACCAACAUGCAUUUUUGCCUCAGAUGCGGCUGCUUGCAAAGUGCGUAAGCUAAACCUAUCGGAUGUAGUACAGCAUAAUAGGAAUCUAUCGGAUAACACAGUCGUUGAGGACACGCAGCACCCUGUUCCAGGGCAUGUGUUAAAUUGGUUGCGUAAUGAUUUAAUUAUUUUUAACAACAAUCUGCAACAAACUAUGCAAAUAUUCAACAACCUCAACAACGAUCUGAAAAUGAAUACAUCCACCCGUUCGGAUGGUAAUGGGAUGUUUGAAGGAUUGGUCAAAGUGGGACCCAUAGAGAUAGCGAAAGCCGUCGAUCAUAGUGCCAAGCAUGCUCUUAUGAAGGCGUCGAAAAAUGCAAUUGAAUUUCUUUCGCAAUAUUGCUAUUCGUUAAAGUUCAAGUACUGUCCAGCGGAUCUGGACGGUGCAGACGUUGUAACGAAAUCCGCGAUUGCGGAAAGUCCCCAUGAUCGCGAUCAAGAGGAGUCCCCAUCAUUGAAACUCGACGCGGAAAACAUUGGAUUCAAACUACUGGAAAAACUGGGUUGGAGUGGUGGAAGCCUGGGUGUUCGCGGGGAUGGUAUAGUGGAUCCUGUGGCUGUCGAUCAAAAAGAGGGACGUGAAGGUCUUGGGUUAAGAACGGAAGAUGGUUCCAAUGUCAAACUGAGUCGGGAUACGAUAAGACAGAUGAUGGAAGAUUUCCGAGAUGGACAGACUAAUGUUCAGAAAAUUGUAUUCAGCAGUGAGUGCUCCAAAGAGGACCGAAAACUCAUCCAUGCGCUCGCAAACCAGAUGAAAUUAAGAUCACGAAGUUACGGGAAGGAAGGCGAAGAAGGUGGUCGGUACCUCGUUGUGACCAGGAAAUACCAGUUGCGGCCAACCGAAUUGCUGAGAAAAAUACUGGUUGAAAAGGAUCCAUUCUUUUGCCAAACGUAUGACGUUACGUACCCGACAGAGCUUAACUAG